UCGCUGCCCCUUUAUUUUAUUAAUACUAUUUUUCGAUUAACUUUGUUUUUAUUUUUUUAAUUUCGGGACCUUGUCCCUUUGACGUGAAUUCAUCUCUUUCUUCGUGAUUAAAUUAACUGCCUGCCCGAAAUGAUGGGAAUUGCCCAAAUUGAUGCAUUAUUUCUCUCCAGAUUUUUCAUUUUUCGAUAACUCCAUUGUCGCAGGUAUGGCUCAACAACAGGGGGACGAAAUGGAGUAUGCUGCUGAUGAUAAUGAAAUGGCGGAAGUAGAAGAUGACAUGUAUUUCAGUGGUAGAGUGUUUGGUGAUUCAGAGUCCGAAUCAGACGACGAUGAUGAAUAUGACUCCAUGGAAAAUCGGAUGACAGAUACCUCUGCUGCAGAAGCUAGGAAAGGAAAGGAUAUCCAAGGUAUUCCUUGGGAUAGACUUAGCAUUAGUCGUGAGAAGUAUAGACAAACUAGACUAGAGCAGUACAAGAACUAUGAAAAUAUACCUCAUUCAGGCGAACGGUCAGAAAAGGAAUGCACACCAACACAUAGAGGAGGGAAGUAUUAUGAUUUCUGGCAAAACACUCGAUCUGUGAAAUCAACAAUACUUCAUUUCCAAUUGAGGAACUUGGUUUGGGCAACAUCAAAGCAUGAUGUAUAUCUUGUUUCGAGUUACUCAAUUAUACACUGGUCGUCUUUAAAUUCCAAGAGAUCUGAAAUCCUAAAUGUAUCAGGGCAUGUAGCUCCGUGUGAGAAACAUCCUGGAAGCCUUUUGGAAGGAUUUACUCAGACACAGAUUAGUACACUGGCUGUGCGGGAUAAGUUGUUGAUUGCCGGGGGUUUUCAAGGAGAACUUAUUUGCAAGUAUGUAGAUCGACCUGGUGUUAGCUUUUGUUCUAGAACUACUUAUGAUGACAAUGCAAUAACAAAUGCUGUUGAGAUUUAUGAUCAUCCAAGUGGGGCUGUUCAUUUCAUGGCUUCAAAUAAUGACUGUGGAGUUAGAGACUUUGACAUGGAAAGAUUUCAGCUUUCCAAGCAUUUCUCCUUCUCAUGGCCCGUAAAUCACACUUCAUUGAGCCCAGAUGGGAAACUGGUUGUGAUUGUUGGAGACAACCCAGAAGGGAUACUAGUGGAUUCUCAAACUGGAAAGACUGUCAAGCCUUUAUGUGGACACUUGGAUUACUCAUUUGCAUCUGCAUGGCAUCCUGAUGGCCGUAUUUUUGCUACUGGGAACCAAGACAAAACAUGCCGUGUUUGGGAUGUUAGGAACUUGUCAAAAUCUAUUGCUGUGCUUAAGGGCAACCUUGGAGCUAUACGUUCUAUACGGUUUACAUCUGAUGGACGGUUCAUGGCAAUGGCUGAGCCAGCUGACUUUGUGCAUCUCUAUGAUGCACAGAGUGGGUUUGAGAAAGAGCAGGAGAUCAAUUUUUUUGGGGAGAUCUCUGGUGUAUCUUUUAGCCCUGACACAGAAUCACUUUUCAUUGGUGUCUGGGAUCGCACCUAUGGAAGCCUUCUUCAGUACAAUCGACGGAGAAACUAUAUGUAUCUUGACUGCAUGUAAAUUUGUAAUUGCAUACCUUGUGUUUGUAAAGUACCUACAGUUUAUGUUCUUCUGUCUAGGAAUUUGAGAACUGUGGCACCACCUGACUAAGAAGAAAAAUGACCGGUGGCAUGCUUCAUCAUACAAUGUAGGAUGAUAUGGUCGUUACAUAAACUUCGUCGUGUUAAAUAACAUUGAUUGCCAAUUUCUGGAACCUUUUUUUUAUUAUCUUUUGCUAA